AUGGACCCGAAUGACGCCUCCCUAACGUGUGCCGUCAACGUAGAAUGGAACGAUCCACAUGGGACGACGUUGCGAAAAUUUGCCCACAAGCAAACCACGCUAAGGCUUUCCCGGAACGCGCUGAAGGAGAUGUUCCUCGAGCUGUCCGCCGAAAAGCAUAGUACGAUACGAUUUAAGCUACGGAGUGUACAGGUACAUUCGAAGUUUAUGGCCGAGGGUAAGGCAAGCAUCAAGUUCAAUGAUGAAAAGUGCACACUGUUCCUGUCGAACGCACCGCCCGGGUUGUUGGUGCAGUUUCUGAAGAUAGUCUUUGUAAAGCUAACGAAUGGUGGCGCCGGGGUAGCUGGAAAGAAGGAGGAACCUCUCAGCAAAACUGAGCUGCUGAAGAAGUCACGCGCACAAGUGCUAGCCGGCAAGUCGCUUAACCACUUCGAUGAGAUCAGUCCCGUAACGACGAAUGAACUGCACCGUGCACGGAAGUUGGCGCUUGGGAAAGGCUCCGUUACGACACCUUCACCGUCUCAGAAGCGAAAACGACCUUCGGAUGAUGAUCCGUCCAGCGAACGUCCGAGACCGAAGAAAUUGCUGUCCGAUCAGUCGAUCGACGAGGCAGCUUUAAUUGACGGGGUGCAACUGAACGAAGAGCAGAAACGUGUCUUAUCCGCUUGUCAAUCGGGCCAGAGCAUAUUCUUUACAGGGUCCGCAGGUACGGGCAAGAGUUUCCUGCUGCGUAAGAUCAUUGCGACCCUGCCUCCGGACGGUACGAUAGCGACGGCUUCGACGGGUGUGGCAGCCUGUUUGAUCGGUGGCACUACGUUGCAUUCGUUUGCUGGCAUCGGGACAGGAGAAGCGACACUGCAGAACUGCUACGAAAAGGCAUCCCGUCCGAAUACGGCCCAGGCGUGGCGCAAGUGUAAAAGACUGAUUAUCGACGAGAUAUCUAUGAUAGAAGCGGAUUUCUUUGAGAAAAUUGAAGCAGUGGCACGAUACGUUAGAAAAAACGAUAAACCAUUCGGUGGCAUUCAACUCAUCCUUUGCGGUGACUUCUUCCAACUGCCUCCAGUAGGUCGACUGCCUGACCGUUCCCGGCCCGGCCAAUAUUCUCAGGAUGCGUACCAAGAUGACGAUUUGGGACGAGUUCGGUUUUGCUUCGAAUCGAAAGUGUGGCAGGAAUGCAUCCAGGCGUCGUACGAACUGACGGUCGUACAUCGGCAGCAUGACCAGGAAUUCAUUACCAUUCUGAACAGCAUUCGGAUUGGACGUGUGACGGACGAUAUCAGUGAUCGGUUGCGUAAAACCGCCUCUCAACGGAUUGAAACUGAAGGCAUCCUUGCGACCCAGCUCUGUUCACACACGAGCGAAGUGGACGCAAUUAAUCAGGCAAAGCUGGAAGCGCUUCGAACUGAGCCUAAAACGUUCGAGGCGAAAGAUAGCGAUCCGUACAGUGUGAAGCAGAUCGACAUGAUGUUACAGGCACCGGCCAAACUAACGCUCAAGAUCGGCGCACAGGUGAUGUUGUUGAAGAACUACAACAUUGCCGAGGGGCUAGUCAACGGGGCACGUGGUGUAGUAGUAAACUUUGUGCAAGGUAUGCCACUGGUAAAGUUUAAACAUCGCGAGCUUCUAAUUCGCCACGAAAAGUGGUCGGUUAAGACUGGUAGUGGGAUGAUUCUGACCCGCAUACAGCUUCCCCUUAAGCUUGCCUGGGCAUUUUCAAUUCAUAAAUCGCAAGGGUUAACCUUGGACUGCGUAGAACUAUCGCUCUCGAAAGUUUUCGAGGCGGGUCAAGCAUACGUAGCCCUCAGCCGUGCCCAAAGUCUGGACAGCAUCCGUGUGCUCGACUUUGACCUGCGACAGGUGUGGGCCAACACAAAAGUGCUCGAAUUUUAUCGCGAUCUGCGGAAAAGAAUCAACGCUGUGAAUAGUAUGGAACCGGUGGCAGUGAAACGUCGUGGCAUCAAGAAAUCUCUCUCGGCAAUGGGACUCUCGAAAGCGAUCAUGAGCAAACCGCUGAUGACGAUUAAGUAA